AUGAGUCUGUCACAUAUUAUCAGGACACCAUUUUAUCUGACAAAGACAGUCCCAACAUCCUACUCUCCUUUGGAAGUAAUCAUCAAGGUGACGGUUGAUAAUUUUGAUGAUGAGGCCGAUGAUGAUGAUGAGGUAAAUGAGCCGAAUGACAACGAUGAUGAUGAUGAUGAUGAACAAGAUCAUCUGCCUUUGAAGAAGAGGAGGAGAGUACAUGAGGGUUUGAGCUCAACGAACAAAGAAUGUGCUAUCUGUCUUGAUGAGUUCUUGGAGGGUGGCAAGGUUGCCUCAAUGCCAUGCACACAUGUGCUCCAUGAUGGUUGCAUCAUUAAGUGGUUGAAAACCAGACACCUGUGCCCGUUGUGCCGGUUUCAGAUGCCAACUUGA